AUGGCCAGCUUCAGCUACGCUGAGCGUGCGCCCGCUUCCUACGUGUCUGACAGUCCUGCGAUGCCCGCCCUGAUUGAACCAGGCUCCGCUGACGACACCGCUUAUGGGUUCCUGAGCCAGCAGAUCGCCAGCGGUGAAGCUGAUGAUGCAGCGGACGUGCUGGAGAAUACGGUGAACCAGAUCGAAGCUAUCCAUCAUCGCUACCAUGAAGAUCUGAUCGUUCCGUUAACUUUGCUGGGCGACGCCAGAAUGGCCCAACAGGAUUUUGAUGCUGCCUUGGACCUUUACACACGUGCCCGCCAUGUGGCACGCGUCAGCCAUGGUUUGUUUGAUACCCGCCAGCUGGCUGUGGUGUAUCGAGAAGCAGACGUUCUGAUCGCAGCCGGCGAUCUUCAGUCCGCAGCGAAGCGUGAAGAGUAUGCCUAUGAGGUAAUGCGCAAGGCUUAUCCGAAUUAUGACCCAGCGACCCUGCCAGGGCUGAUGCGGUUAGGCGAUUUCUAUUUAAAUACGUUUAAUUAUCUGUCUGCGCGGGCCAUUUACAACGCAGCGAUGAACGUGCACAGCAGCAACCAGACUGAUUUCUCACUCGAAGCGAUACCCGCACUUCGUGGUAUUGCAAUUUCUCAUCGCCUGGAACGGUUUCCGCCAAUUUAUAUCGCCAAUCCGGAUCAAAGUAGUUUAGACGGCCCUACCCCGGGACUACGAUCACCAGAAUUUGAUCGGCAACAAAUGGUUUUCAAUAAUUUCCCUGCAGGCGAAAAAGCCCUGCAACAGAUCAUUGAGAUACACCGGCGCCAGGAACCCGAAAAUCGAGCGGAGACCCUCAAAGCCAUUAUUGAGCUCGCCGACUGGCACCUCAUCUUUGGCCGCAGCAAUAUGGCAAACACACUCUAUUCGGAUGUGUACAGACAGAUGCUGGAUUCCGGCGCUGAUGCGGCCUCUUUUUUUGCGCAACCAACGCUCAUCUAUCUGCCAAUGCCCGAAAACCCCCGUCCCCCUCCAGCGGAUAUGCGUGCAGAACCAGCGGACGGCCUGGUUACCCUGUCCUUUGAUGUGGCACCAACCGGACGGAUACGCAAACUGGUGACCGUCGACAGCCAGCCCGAAAAGCUGAUGGACUUCCGGGUCCGGCGCAGUAUGAGACUUGCUGUUUUCAGACCGCAGCUGAUAGAUGGUCUGCCGGUGGUGGCAGAGGCGCAGACUUAUACCCACGAAUUCCGGUAUUUUCCGAAACUGGAUCCUACCGCGGCUGUGAUUAAUCCCGCCUCACCAACGCCAACAGAAGAAUCAUGCGGUCAGCAAGGCGAGCAAUCGGGCAGUGAACCCAGCGGUGAACAGGGCGGCCAACAAGGCGGUCAGCCGUCUUCUGACAGUUCCGGCGGGUUACCUGGCGGCGAAAUGCCCGGAGGACAACCCGGCGGCAUGCCCGGCAGUACAGAUCCCAACAGUUCCCCCGAUGGUCAAACUUCGGUACCCACCUGGGACGUUGAACAGGGCGGCGCCCAGGGCGAAGAAGGCUCCGAAUCAGGGGGAAGUCCAGGCUCGCCUGGCGGACAAGGCACUGGCGAGGAUGGAUGGGAAACAUCUAACGAGAUACCCGGCACGCCAGGCAGCGCAGACGGUGAAAGUGGCGAGGCCGGCAGUGGUCAGGCUGGCGCACCUGGCGAAGAAAACGGCGGAACACCCAGUGGCGAUGAUGAAUUAGACGGAGCGCUGAAAGACUUCGAUGGUGAGAUUCUCGCUGAGCGUGAAAUUAUUUCCAGCAGUCAGCCGGGAGAUGCGCAAGGUGGUGGUGGCGCAUCGACCCUGCCUUCCGGUUCUGAAAGCCAGGGACAGGGCAGUGGUGGCGACGUUGCCAGCACCAGCGGCCCACUGCCACCGCGACGCCAGAUUCCCUCGGCACCACCCCCGCCACCCCGCAGCGGCGAAUCCGGGCCUGAAAAUUUGCCCGACGCCAGGGACGACGACAUCAUUGCAAGGCAGUUGCGUGAAGCCGCCAUGCAGGAAACUGAUCCAGAACUUAAAGAGUCAGUAAACGUUUUGGCGCACCCGCUACUGACGUUGGCGCUGCCUGCCCUGCUACUGCUGGGCGGCUGCGUUAACCAUACAACGCGUAUUGUUGACAUGACGCCUCCUGAACAAUCAGAACGCUAUCUCGACGAAAAUGAAUUGUUGGACGUUGGUAUCAGCAUCUUCGACGCGAACGUGCCUGAAGACUAUGACGAACGGAUCGAAGAGAUCAUCCUGCCGGAAGUGCGCCGCGCAGAAUCACAAUACGUACCCUUUUUCGCCAAAAACCUGCUGCAAUCGACGGGCAACUGGGGCGCCGUAAGGGUUGUCCCACGACCAACCCACGCGGUUGACAUUAUGGUGACCGGCACCAUUGUGCAUUCCAAUGGUGAAAGCAUGAUCAUCGAAGCCACGGUAUCCGAUGCCACCGGCGAGCAGUGGUUCAGCCGCGAAUACUCUGCGCUGGCCAGCAAAUACGCUUAUGAAGAAGGCAUGCCGGAAAGCAUUGAUGCAUUCCAGGCGGUGUAUAAAAAUCUGGCGGAUGACAUGUUGGCCUAUCGUCAGGGUUUGAGCCCGGCCGACAUUGAGCGCAUCCGUAAAACCGCCGAGCUGAAAUUUGCACGGGAGUUUUCCCAGGAGGCCUUCGCGGACCAUGUUGUUAAGAAUGAGGACGGACAGUUCGAGAUCGUCCGCUUGCCGGCAGAAAACGACCCCAUGCUGGAGCGGGUCCGACGCGUACGGGAACGCGAGUAUCUGUUUAUCGACACCCUGGACGAAUACUACUCCAACUUUCAUCGACAGAUGUACCCUGCCUACCAGGACUGGCGCCGCGCCAGUUACGAUCAGGCAAUUGCCUACCAGGAACUGAGAGCCCAGGCUCGAUCAAGGAUGAUUGGUGGCACCAUGGCGAUCAUCGGCGGUGUUGCUGCGAUGUAUGAAAGCAGUGACGCCUACGUCGACGCCAGCGGCAUCGUCGGAGUCGUCGCCGGCGCAACGUUGAUCACCAGUGCGGUACAGAAGCGACACGAAGCAGAGCAACAGGCUGACCGAUUGAGGGAAUUGGGCAGCGCUGCUGAAGCUGAGUUGGUCCCCACCACUAUUGAACUGGAGAACCAGACGCUACGGUUGCAGGGUAACGUUGACCAGCAAUAUACAGAGCUGCGCCGUAUUCUGAAGCGCGUCUACUUUGAAGACCUUGGCCUUGCGCCGCUGUCGCAUCUGCAGGAAAAGCAGGACAAACAUGCCCUGCAGGAUGUCCUCGGCUUAUUGGACUGGCGGGGUUACACCACCGCCGCCGUCGUCCUUGUGGUGCUGAUCGGGGCUUUCUACUGGUUGCCGCAGCGGAUUGUCGAACCCAAUAAUACCCAGGCAGCUACAGCCAGCAGUGUCAGCGACAAUGCACCCGUGCCGACAACAGACAACAACGCUUUAGCGCCAUUUGCUGACGCGCAACAGGCCCGCGCCAGAGAAAAGGUUCAGCAGGCGUUGGCUGAAUUUGUUGAACGUCAAAUUCUACUGGAGGACACCAUGCAGGUGGAUCAGUGGGGGGCGGAUGCACUGGAUGCGGCCAUGAUGCAGGCUAAAGAAGGUGAUGGAUAUUUUGUUGACGAAGCGUACGACAGCGCGCUGGCCGCCUAUCAACAGGCUGUUAUCAGCAUUGACGCGGUCAUUUCUCAGGGCAACCAGUUGCAUCGAGAAUUUCUACACAACGGUGAUGCUGCCCUGCUCGCGCUGGAUCCAACUGCUGCAGAGGACGCUUUCAAUCAGGCAUUGACCAUUAAACCCGACGAUGCUGACGCAAAAACCGGACUGGCUCGAGCGCAGGGCUUGCCCGCCAUUAUCAGCAUGCUUCGCAGCGCAAAGAAUCAUGAGUUGGGCGGCCGCUAUGAUGAAGCCCUGGCAAUCUACAACGACAUCGGACGACUUGAUCCGCUCACCCCGAAUCUGCCUGAGCUUCGCGCAGCAGCCAAUGCCGCCAAGACCGGCGAUGAUGUUGCCUCACACAUCAGUCGCGGAUUCUCCGCAUUACAAAGGCAGCAAUUUGAACAGGCGCGCAGCGCCUUCAACGCCGCACUGAGCCUGGACAGCGACAAUGCGGUUGCCAGAGGUGGGUUACAACAGGUUGCUGAACAGUACGACCUUGCGGUGAUCAGCAAGCAUCAGAAGAAAGCUGAACUGGCAAUGGCGCAGGAGCAGUGGCUUGAAGCCGUGGAUGCUUAUCAAUCAGUACUAAAACUGGACAAAAACAUCCAGUUUGCGAAGCAGGGACUGGCCCAGGCUAAAGCACACGAAAAGGCUCAGCGUCUGAUGACCCGGAUCGUCAACGAACCUACAAAACUGUCAAACGAGAAGCUGUAUCUCGACGCACAGACUAUCGCUCAACAGGCACAACAACUUGAGUACGCCGGAGACGAACUGCAACGCCUGCAGCAGGAAGUCAACAAGCUGUUGUCUCUCUACGCAGACCCGGUCGACGUUAUAUUGCUGUCGGAUAAUGCAACCAACAUUGUCAUGUCUAAUGUUGGAGAGCUGGGCUUGUUUGAACGCCGAACAAUCAGCUUGCGGCCAGGCGCUUACACCAUACGAGGCAGUCAGAAUGGUUGUCGGGACAUAUUCCUGACCGUAGAAGUCCUGCCCGGCAUAGAGCCUUUGGACGUACACCAAAAUCCCGCCACACCCGGCCAGCACGAAGAAACCAUUGAGCCCCGGGUUUUUGUGCCCAGCGACAGCAAACCCCGGCGAGCUCGCCUGGCACUAUGGCAGAUUGUGCUGCUCGCGUUCGCUGCCACCGCGGUGGCAAUAUUCUGGUUUCUUUUCACUUCCAAAAGCGUGUUACUGGAUUUUCAACCACAAGCGGCUGAAGUCAGCGUCAGUGGCGGCUUCGCUUUUGAGUUAGGUGGCGUCUAUCUUCUGCGCGAGGGUAAGUACGAGAUUUCAGCACAAACACCACUUUAUGAACCUCUGCAGGAGGCCAUCCGUGUAGGAUCUGAACGCAAUCAGCGUAUCGCACUUGAAUUUGUACCCCUGCCCGGCUUUCUCACGCUACAACUGAGCCCAGCGGAUGCCAGCAUAGAAAUUAAUGGUCAGCCUGAACAGGUGACACCACGCCUCGAACUGGCCGCGGGGCAACACGAAAUAACUGUCAGCCACCCCCGCUAUAUCUCCAACACCUUGACCGUGGUCAUGCAGGGCAAACAAAUCGAGCAGAGCGAGCGCAUUGAGCUUGCGCCAAACUGGGCAGACGUCGCUGUCACAAGUCAACCUGCCGGCGCCAGCAUCUGGAUCGACAAUCAACCUACAGGUCUGCAAACCCCAGCUACUAUCGAAGCGCUGGCGGGCGAGCGAGAGGUCAGUAUUCGCCUGGAAGGCUACAAAACUCAUCGAGAGCGCAUCUUUGCCCAGGCUGGUCUUGCACUUUCACUUGCCCCGGUCGAUCUUGAGCAGGCGGACGCCGCCGUCACAGUGACGUCACGACCGCAAGGCGCAGGUGUCACCGUGAACGGCCGCUUUAUGGGGCAAACUCCGCUGGAGCUCGACUUGAAGUCUGCGCAGCGACAUAACCUGCAGAUCAUUCUCAAUGGUUAUGCCACCUUUAACCGGAGUUUGCAGCUUAAGCGUGGGGACAUUCGCUCGGUGCAUGCCGAUCUGGUACGCCAGACUGGCGAAAUUGUAGUUCGCUCACAACCCGCUGGCGCACUUUUAACCAUCAACGGCAAACCUGCGGGCGCGGCAGACCAGGUUCUGACCCUACCGGUUGAACCCCACGAUAUAUCUAUAUCGUUGGAUGGCUAUGCCGGCUACAGCACAGAAAUUACGCCAAAAGCCGGCCUCGUCCAGGAAGUGAGGGUGCGACUCCUGACACUGGCUGAGGCGCGCCUGGCGGCGUUAACGCCAUCAAUAACCACGGCUGCCGGCCAGAACCUGAAGCUCUUUGAGCCGUUUGAGUUCCGUAUGGGUGCCUCCCGUCGGGAACCCGGCAGGCGCGCCAAUGAAACCCUGCGUGACGUCAAGAUGACACGCCUGUUCUAUCUUGCUACCCAGGAAGUCACCAACGCGCAAUUUCGACAGUUCGCCAGCGGCCAUGACUCUGGACUUUUCGAAGAGGUCAGCCUUAACGAAGACGACAUGCCCGUUGCCUCUGUCAGCUGGAACGAUGCCGCCGCUUACUGUAACUGGUUAUCAGACAAAGACGGAUUGCCGCAGUUUUACAACAUGGAAUUUGGCAAAGUAACCGGCGUCAAUCUGCGCAGUACCGGUUAUCGCAUGCCAACAGAAGCUGAGUGGUCCUGGGCUGCACGAACCCAGCCUCGUACGAAGCAGGAUCCUACCGACGUUUUACGCUUCCCCUGGGGCGACAAUCUGCCGCCGCCAGACCGACACGGUAACUACGCUGAUCGCGCGGCCUCCGCCCUGGUCGGUCGCGUUAUUUUCGGUUACAACGACAACCACACAGCAGCCAGCCCGGUAGGCACCUUCAAAUCAAAUAUCUACGGUCUCUACGAUAUGGGCGGCAACGUGGCUGAAUGGACCAACGAUUUCUAUGAGAUAGCCAGCGCUGACCCGGUCACUGAUCCAGCCGGCCCCGCCAGCGGUGAGUAUCGAGUCAUCAAAGGCGCCAGCUGGAUGCACGGCACCAUCACAGAGCUACGUUAUUCAUUUCGUGACUAUGGUAUUGGCGGCCGCCAGGCCAGUUUCGCACAGGAACAAUCUGAAGCUGACGCCAACGACACUCGGGCACAGACAGAGACCGAAGAAGCAGACACAAAAAACGUCAGCGCGCUGAUCAUCGCCGUGAUUAUUGUGCAUCUUGUUUACGUCACCAUUAUCCGGCCUAACGCAGAUGCAAUCCUGCAACAGCAGGCGGAACUGGCGGCCAGCGGAGAACCAUUUGUUCAGGACCGUUCGCUUUAUGUUGUGCUACGGGAUUACGAACAGGAGUCCUGUUUUAUUCUGAUGUUCUGGGCGAUGGCGAUCAUGGGUUUGAAAGCGCGUUCAGCACUUGCGGAACGCAGCCUCCUGAAUGAAAACUUUAUUCAGGUCAGUGAGGGUGUGAGUAUUCUGCCGGAGGACACCAGGGAAUAUACGCGGCCUUUGCAGGGGUUACCCGAGGCUUCACGAGAGAGCCUGUUGCCGCGUACCCUGCUUGCAGCCCUGCAGCGGUUUUCUUCAACCCGGAACGUGCAGGAUGUUUCAGAAGCAGUGAAGUCCGUUUGCGAAGCAGAAUCUGACCGACUCGACAGCGAACUGUCGAUGGUGCGCUAUAUCGCCUGGGCGAUUCCUUCCAUCGGCUUCAUUGGCACCGUUCGCGGUAUCGGUGAAGCGCUGGGACAGGCCUAUCGCGCAGUCGAAGGCGACAUCGCCGGCGUCACUACCAGUCUGGGGGUGGCGUUCAACUCAACCUUCAUAGCUCUGGUGAUCAGCAUUGUACUGAUGUUCCUGGUGCACCAGUUACAGCUCAUCCAGGAGCGCCUGGUCCUCGACACCCAUACGUACUGUGAUCAGCGCCUGUUGCGCCAUCUGCAGCCACAUCAAGCCGCCCGCACCUUUACCGGCGCGGCCGCCCAGACGCCCAACGGGCUGAUAUUCGACGACGACGCACUGGCGCGAUCGCGAUCGCAUCCGCAGCAGUUCAACAACCGCUACCUCUCUACCAUCGCUGCAGAUCCUGUGGCCGGUGAUCUGGGGUUGGCGAAAAAUCAUGCGGAUCUGAUUUAUCGACAUCUACUACAGCUUGAUCUACCGGCAAGCGAGCCGCUUGUACUGGCUGUAUCAGGGCAGAUCAGCAACGCUCAACUGGGUCUGUUACUCGGCAUAUGCGCUGAAGCGCAACUGACGGUCAAAGGCUUUAUCGACCUUGCUCUGGGCCAGUCUCUGAGUAUCCCUGCAGACACCGGCUACCAUGUCCUGGAUGUUGAACAGCACCGGAUAAGCCUGGCAGAAAUCCAGAUCCGCGACGGCAUCCGCGUGCAAACCCGCACCACAGCCAUAGAUGGCGUUGGCACAGCCAGCAUCAUAGAAGGCUGGAUGAACGUCAUAGCUGAUGAAUUUGUACAGAAAACACGUUUCGAUCCACUGCAUUCCGGACAGACAGAGCAGCAUCUUUUUGACCAGGUGUAUCCCUGGCUCACCGAGAGUCAGAUGCAGGAUCACGUCGUUAGCAUCAGUAACGGAGAAUCCAGUCGGGAGGUUGAAAUAACAGCCGCCAGACUCCUGGAAAAACUCACUCAGCGGCUUGCCGGUGUUGAGUUGGGCCAAGUUGACCAUCUGGUGCUGACGCCAAGGGCUGCAUCAAUACCCGCGCUCAAAUCACAGCUGGAGCAGCGCGUACAGCAGUGCAGUGUCGUGUUGGAAAGCGACAUUCUGGGUAACUACGAACAACUCGCAGCAUCGCUAUCCGAUGCUCAGGUGAAAAGAAUCAGCCAGGCAGCCAAUAUUGGCACUCGCCGCUCAAACGAAUCUGCCGCUGACGCCUUCCAGGAAAACCCUCACACCCAAGCGUUGGCACCCAACACCCUGGCCACCCACUGGCUGCUGCAACAUACGGCUUAUCCAUUGGAUCAUCCAACCCUGACCGCGGCAGGCGUACACAACGGUUCCGAAGUUGCUGCCGGGACCCAGGUCACUGUUGCCGGCCAGACGUACACUGCGAUUCGAGUUACCUAA